AGAGCGUAUUUACACCCACACUAUGGCGCCAGGGACCUCCAGGCGAAAAGCUCUUUAGGGAGCUGGCUUGCGAAGAAACGUACGGAGUUUAGAAACCAAGUACGUCAAUCGCAAGACUCUGACCCGGUUCUACCCUUUACGUCUCUAUGACAAAGCCACGGCAGGAUGGAUGCAGUUGCUUCCUGGUACAGCUACCUGUCUGUCUCUCAUUUAUUAUUGCCCAUCGCCUGGUGGCUUGUGUCCGCGACUUAUUGGACGAACGAAGACAAUUCUACACGGGAGGUGAAGUGUCGCAGGUGGUGCUGACUUCAGGGCUAGUUAGUAGUUACUUGUAUUGUACUUGUACAAUCCAACCGUGGUUUGUUUGUUCAUUUAGCGUAGCAGACGGCAGGCCCUAGCGAGAAUAGGGGGGAUUGGACGGAAGAAGGUGAGAAAAGGAGGAGAGUUGGAAGAUAGAAGGAGGAAAAUAAAGAAGAACAGAGAGAAUAAGAAAGCAACAGCA